GUUGGUUACAAAUCAACAAAAAAUACGCCAUUGCUUCUAGUCAUUGCUGCUUCUAGUUGUAGAGCCUCUAGCCGGAAGAAGAAGAAUCCACCUUCCACCUCUGAGACUCUGACCACCUUCCUUUGUUUUCAAACAAAACAGCGUAGAACGUUGUGGAAUCGAUUUUGCAGGUUUUUCAGAAUUUGGGUUUUGAUUUUACCUUUAGAAUUUGCAAUCGCGUUCGAAGAAUUAGACAAAGAAAGCAAUAAAAGCGCGAUGGUUGAGGCGGCGGCGGCAUCAUCGUCCUCAAUCUUCACCAACUACCCUCUCCUCUCUGCUGUCGUAGCUUUCUCCAUUGCCCAAUCCAUCAAGUUCUUCACCUCCUGGUACAAGGAAAGAAGAUGGGAUUUCAAGCAACUUCUUGGAUCCGGUGGAAUGCCUUCAUCUCAUUCGGCGACUGUUACUGCUAUUGCUACAGCCAUUGGGUUCCAAGAAGGCGUCGGCGGAUCACUCUUUGCAAUUGCAUUGAUCUUAGCAUGUGUGGUGAUGUAUGAUGCAACCGGUGUAAGACUACAGGCUGGACGCCAAGCAGAGGUUUUGAAUCAAAUUGUAUAUGAACUCCCUGCUGAACAUCCUUUGGCUGAGAGCAGACCACUUCGUGAGCUUCUCGGCCACACCCCUCCUCAGGUUGUUGCCGGCAGUUUGCUUGGAAUUGUCACAGCUUGCAUGGGCUAUUUGAUUACUAUAACAAUCGGUCAUACGACAUGAUCCUGGAGCGGUUUACGUCCACAUAGAUAGUGAUAUUGUGGUAUCAUCUCUUAGUGCCACAUCUAAUAUACAUUUGGAUUGCGAAUUGCAGAUCCAUCUUCAUACGCGGUAUUUCCCCCAACGUUGAAGACAUAGGCCUUCUUGUCUAUAAUUCAGUUACCAUGUCUUCAUUCUGUAAAAAAACAAUUGUUUGCAAGAUGUAAUUUGAUCGACUUAAAGUGUUUUUAGCGACGAAACGGUCUUGUUGAGACGAUUAGUACCAUGCUCGGUUGACUGAAGAUGACCGUAUUUUGCUUUGGUACUACCUCACGUAAAGGUCCAUAUUUGCCUUUGUAAUCCAAGCAAGGCAUAAAGUACAACUUUACUUUUA